AUGACGAAAAUAACAGAUGCAGCAACGAGACAGGCAGUUCAAAGUGCCUAUGACGCCGUUAGAGCAACUGUUGUGGAAAGUCAAGAAAAAGAGUUACAACAGACCAAAACAGACCUAGUAAAUGCUUUCUUAAAAACGAAAAGUCAGGUAGGACAUUAUGCUGCAGAUGGAACAUAUGUGCCAGCUGGUGGAACUUAUAUACCACCAAACCCUCCAAGAGAAGCACCUGCACCAGGACUACCUAAAACAUUUACAUCGUCACAUGGACACAGACACAGGCAUGCACCAAAACCAACACAACAACCAACAGUUCAAAAUCCAGCACCACAACAACAACCAAAACCAACAGUUCAAAACCCUGCACAACAACCAACAGUUCAAAAUCCAGCACCUGCACCACAACCAAAACCAGCACAACAACCACCUCCACAACCAGCACAGCAACCAACAGUUCAAAACCCUGCACAACAACAACCACAAACAGAGCAAGGACAUAAAAGAAGUAGAGAAAAAGGAAACCAAGAAUUCUUAAAAAUGCUUAAGGAAGAUUAUGGUUACCCAGAUACUCUUGACUUUAGUGACAGAUAUAAAGAAGCUAUUAGAAAGUUCAAGGAAGGAAAUACUGACCCGAACCUAUUUAGCUUUAUGGUUGAGCAUCAAAUCGGAUAUAAUCUCAAACCUGGAAAAUACAAGCUCGCUAAGGGAUAUGAUUUAAUAGCAUAUCAUCCAAAUGACAUGAAUGAAUUUACUCCGAGAUAUUUGAUGUCAGAGCUAAAUGAUAAUUCAACUCUCUUCAUGAAACGCGUAAAAAAUAGAGACGGAACGAAAGAAGAAAGGUUUAUGAGUCCGGAUGACUUAGAUAGGGAACUUGUUAAAAACGGUCUCGGAAUAUAUGAAAUGCCAGCAGAUGAGGUACAAGAAACUCCACAGGAAGAAGUUCAGAUACAACCAGACAUGGAAGAAAUAGUUCAGCAACAACAGCUAGAAGAGCCUGAAGGAAACGAACAAGUCCCUCCUUUGGAAACUAACUUCACAGAACUAGAUGAAGAUUUGGAACAGCCGAAAAAUCUUGACCCUCAACAAGAGUAUGAGGUGAAUAUGGAAUCUUUCCAAGAGUCUAAGAAAAAUUCGGCUGACAUAGUAGAAGAAUAUCGAAAAAUGUUCACCGACAUACAAAAGACUCCAACAUCAGAUGAAAAUAUUCAGCAUAGAAUGGAAGUACUGAAAGAAAAUGUACGCAAAUACAAU